GGGGCUCAUCGACAUUUCUGGCAGCAGCUAAUAUGCCCUAGAUGCCGAGUCCCACGGAGGUUUCUUCGCGGGUCGACCCCCUAGGGCUAGCAGGGAAGCCCUUUGCGGGCUUGCGUUCGCGGGGCUACCCAGAGUCUAAGACUGCAAGCCCCGCAGCCUUACAGAUCGCCCUGUAAGCAAGAGGGCGCCUUCACGUCCUCCUUUCGUGAAAGGCCUGGUACUUUUCUUCUAAAGCUCUGGUUUCCUUGGGGGAACAGAACUGAUAGGCGCCGCAGGUGCUCUGUCUUUAGUCUUCCCCGAUCCCACCUCCGACCCAAGGGUCUUGGCUCCAGCAGCUUGGGAGAAGUUAUAAUUAUUCAGCAUGUUUCCACUGACUGAGGAAAACAAGCAUGUGGCCCAGAUGUUGCUCAGUUCUGGUACCUGUCCCAGAUGUAUCUUCAGAUUCUGUGGUGUGGAUCUUCAUGCACCUUACAAACGCCCAUCCAAGGAGUUGUUAAAUGAUCUACAGAAAUUUCUUGAAACUGAAAAAGAUGAAUUAAUUUUGGAAGUUCCAAACCCACCAUUGAAGAAAAUUCGUCUUCAAGAAGAUGGGACAGAUAAUUUGAGUGGAAACGGACAAGAGGGGAUCUCUACCACAGAAGACAAAAGCAUUGCUUCUGACCCUUCAAACUCGAGUGUGUGCAAUAUUUGCUUAGGAAUUCUUCAAGAAUUCUGUGAGAAAGAGUUUAUUGCAAAGGUGUGCCAAAAGGUUGAAGCCUCUGGGUUUGAAUUCACCAGUGUGGUUUUAUCGGUUUCCUUCCCACCACAGCUGUCUGUGAGAGAGGUGUUACUGAAUUGCCUCCAGCAUGCUGCAUGGUUGCUGGUCAAACAGGAAAUGGGAAAGCGGAAUCUGUCUCUGGGAAGAAAUGAUGCCGUUCAGCUGAAAGAAGCCUACAAAUGGAUCACUCACCCCCUGUUCUCAGAGGGACUGGGUGUUCCCGUUGAUGGAAAGAGCUUGUUUGAAGUGAGUGUGGUCUUUGCUCAUCCAGAAACAGAUGAAGAUUGCUGCUUCCUAGGUGAAGUUUGCCCAGAUUGUUUCAAACCAGCCAAGAACAAACAGUCAGUGUUCACCAGAAUGGCGGUUUUGAAAGCUUUGAAUAAGAUAAAGGAAGAGGAUUUCCUCACGCAGUUUCCUUGUCCUCCAGACUCACCGAAGACUGUGUGCACUGUCCUGGAAAUGGAAUGCACUCACGGCGCUGUUUUUGUUGCUGGCAGAUAUAAUAAAUACUCCAGGAAUCUACCACAAACUCCUUGGAUAAUUGAUGGAGAAAGGAAAAUGGAAUCUUCGGUGGAAGAAUUAAUUUCAGAUCAUCUCUUGGCUGUAUUCAAAGCAGAGAGUUUUAAUUUCUCAUCCUCUGGAAGAGAAGACGUAGACGUGAGAACGUUAGGGAAUGGAAGGCCGUUUGCAGUGGAGCUGCUGAAUCCUCACAGAGUUCGUUUCACUUCUCAAGAAGUUAAGGAGCUCCAGCAGAAGAUUAAUAAGGCAUCUGACAAAAUCCAAGUACGUGAUUUGCAGCUCGUCACCAGAGAGGCCAUAGGGUAUAUGAAGGAAGGUGAAGAAGGGAAGACCAAGACCUACAGUGCCUUGAUCUGGACGAAUAAAGCCAUACAGAAGAACGACAUUGGAUUCCUAAAUGACCUCAAGGACUUAAAGAUUGAUCAGAAAACUCCUCUCCGGGUGCUCCACCGAAGGCCUUUGGCUGUGAGAACUCGGGCCAUUCACUCCAUGGAGACACACUACCUGGACGAGCAUCAUUUUCGUCUGUAUUUGAAGACCCAAGCUGGAACCUACAUUAAAGAAUUUGUACACGGAGACUUUGGGAGGACCAAGCCGAACAUCGGCUCUCUGAUGAACGUGACUGCAGACAUCCUUGAACUCGAUGUGGAGUCUGUAGAUGUUGACUGGCCCCCUGCUCUGGAUGACUAGCUUCCACAUCUGGACACAGAGGGCUUUCCUGACGUGAUGCGGACAUACAGGCGGCGUAUCCUGGAAAAUGACUUACCCACCACCACAGUGUCUUCAAAACGGCUUGGAUCGUGUUCAUCUGUUUCUGAAGUUCACUGUAACAUCUCAGGAUCUAUAUGUACGCAUAUUUUGUGUUCUGAGGAUGUCUUACGUUUUCUCAUUCCGUCUCAUGGCCACAGAACCAAAAUAGGAAUGAUCGAGCCAUUUUCCCUUUUAAUUCUGUCACUAGAGACGUGUGCAGUGGGAGACACUGUUAAGAGGAGCUGUGACUUCUUCAGUGAGAUUUCCCACGGGAACCCCUGCACCUUUAAAGUAAAGUGCUCCAGUUUUCAGAUCAUCUGAAUAAACGCUGCAACUAGACUCACGUGCUAGAGUGUCCUGUGGAUUUCUGUAUCUCCAAUGCACAUUUGAUAGGGACUAUUUCUCCCGGUUCCCCUCAAGUGUUAUCAGUGGAAGGACUUUAAGGUGAGAUUUGUCAUAAGUCCUAAUGACCUCAAGUUACUAGUUUGACAAUCUAAAGUUGUCGGUACUUGU